ACGGAAGUGAAACAGUAUGGUACGCAUGCACGCAUGCUGGGUAAUUUUGACUUUGAAUGAGCGAUUUUAAUGACAUAAUGUAUUUGUGUUAUAUAUCUUAUGUUUGAAGCGCUGUAAUCUGCAGAAACCUAGCUAAGAGUCCAGCUAGCAGGGGUAAUCUGGAGUCAUUUUAGGUAUUUAUUUUUCCAUGCACGUGAAUACCGCUUUAGCAAACUGAACUUAUAGCUAUUGGUGUAACUGUUAAGGAAAGUAAUAUGAAAUCUCUGAAUGGGGUUGUCUGCGAGAUGAACCUGUCUGAGCCUGAGUUGACACAGGUCCCCGAAGGAGCACCUAACCUAUGCUACCUCCAGACUGGAGUUUUGUGGGUGUGAUCUCAGCUCGCUGAUAGCUGCCUGCCUGUUGGUUUGACGUUGAAGUGCACAGUGGGGACACUGUGUUGGUACAAUGAACACCCCAGUGCAUUUUUAAUUUGAGCCCAGGUCUGUGGUGAUGCUUCGGCUCAGGUGUGUGAAUUCCUUCCGGCUCGGGAGACUUUUUCAUGGGGGGGCAGUGAACCGAGACCAGGUUCUGGAGCAGCGUUUUAAGGGGUGGGGGGGGGGGGGGGGGGGGGGGGGGGGGGGGGGGGGGCAAUUCCAGAAGGAGAAGCCACAAAUGCUCAGGACUGUGGAGCUCAUCAAAAUCCACCCACAGUUCUUGACUCUCCGGGUUUUGGCGGAGAACAAAAUUGCUCUUAUGGAUGAUUUUAUGUUGGUUGACAUGCUUUACAGUUUCCUCAGGUUGAAUGUGGAUCCACAUGACUCUCUUGUUCAGCAGUUGGUUUCAGAAGCAUGGCUCAGAAUAGACAGAUUUCCAAUGGCAUCCCUGUCCAAGUUUUCCAUCUGUCUCAGUGAUCAGCACCUUCAACACAGUCCUCUAAUGGGCCACAUCACCAGUAUUGUGGAUCAGAGGUUGUCGUCCAUUGAUGAUGCCAGGAUCCUAACUACACUGAUGAUCAGCAUGUCGUCCCUAGUGUCUCCCCGGCUUCGGGAUGCCCUGAUUAGCAGGGCAGACCAUCUCCUAGACACCAUGGAUCCCUCAAAUUACAACAACCCGCGGAGAGUGGUGCAGUUUCUGCGCAACGUCAAGCACAGUUACCGGCCUCUGCUGGAGAAGUGCAACAAGAUCAUAUUGUGCAACAUUCCCAGACUGGACGCAGAAAAUAUCAGCAUCAUCAUGGGGCUGUAUCAGUCCCUGCAGUUCAACAACUGUGACUUCAGGCUGGCUGUCAAACAAAGACUAAAAGAACUGAUUGAUUCAAGCACCGACCCUUUCUCCUUCACCAAACUGUUUGUCGCUCUGGCUCCGAUGGCCAGUCAGGAGAUCAGAGACGGGUUGGAGAACACUGCCCUCCUGUUGGCGGACGAGCUCAGUGCACAUCAGGCUUUGGCUAUAGCUGAAGCUCUAGAAGAGAUUCAGAGCAGGAAUCUUAGCUUACUGAACAAAAUUGCAUUGGUAAUCCAAAGGAACCUUCAUUGCUACAAGCCAGUGGAGGUGGCCAGAAUCACCCAAGCUCUUUUUCUGCUGCAGUACCAGAACCCCGAACUCUUCACUAAACUAAGAAACAUUUUGGUCAACUUUUUGCAGCGCAGCUUCUUCCCCUACGAGGUGACCAUGUUGACCCGUGUUCUGUCUAUGCUGCCCUGCCCGCGGCUUGACGAGGGCGUGAUCUCAAGGGUGGAUGCGGUAGUGACCCAGUGCAAUCUCAAUGACCUCAACACCAUUUCUUUCGCCGUUGCCAAGUGGGUGCGCAAUGAUCCCUCCUACCGCCACAACACUCCCAGCAAGUACGUCCGUCUGCUGCAGACCCUAAAUCGUUGCGGGCACGAGAGGCUGCAAACGGCAGACCGGCUGGACUUGGUGCUGGAGGAGCUCAAGUACAUUUCGGGAGAGUGGUUUGAGGAAAUGCUACUGGAAGAGACGAUGGUCACGCUGAAGAGGAUGAUGGACCAAAUAAACUGGACCAAUGUGCCUGAGCUGGCCCUCUUCUUAACCAGGAUAAAUCACCUCUGCCCUCCCCUGAUGGACCGUAUCGCCAGUAUGGCCAUUAAAGACAUUGACAAGAUUCACCACUCGGCAACCUAUGCUACCCUGCUACCCUUCUCUGUCCUGAAUUAUGAUCCUGUGCAAGCAGACGAGUUGUAUGAUGUUUGUAUUCAGCGCUUCACGCCUCAUAUCAGGUCCUUUGACCCACAUCUGCUAGUUCUCCUGGCGUACACUUUGGCUGUGGCCGACUGUUUUCCUGAGGAACUGGUCAAAGAAAUCUUCAGUAUAGACUUUCUGGGAAAGCUGGAUGCCCAACUAGAAACUCUACCUGAUAACCUAAACAUGCGGACCAGACUACGCCUCAUGGAGCUCAAUCGUGCCGUGUGUCUCGAGUGUCCAGAGUUCCAGGUGCCCUGGUUUCAUGAGCGCUACUGCCAGCAGUUGCAAAAGAAAGGGAAUGGCACUGUGAGUCCUGUGCAACAGCAAAUCCACAAAAUGCUGGGCGAGGUUCUCGGUGGCAUUAACUAUGUUCGAGUAGCAGUUGUCACUCCAUAUUUUUACACUGCAGACUUUGAAUGCAUACUGGACAAACAUCUGCAGCCGUUGCCCUACAGCGAGCCCAGCACACUGCAGAUCUCAGACAGAGGAAAAGUUCACUGGGGGACCAGCUCAGUGGAAAACAUGAGGGAUGAGCUGCCACCUGGAGCUCAGCGAGUUGCUGUGGACUUUCUUGAUUCAAAGUCCUUCUGCAAGAACUCUCACCAUAUGAAAGGCGAAGCCCUGAUGAGAAAACGACACCUUGAAAUUCUGGGAUAUAGUGUGGUUCAGGUCCCUCACUUUGAAUGGAACUCUAUGGAGCUUUCAACACCAGAUGCCUGGAAGGACUAUCUAAAGAAGAACCUGUUUAGAGAGCUUUCUUCUUGAAGGCCUUUAUUUAUUGAAUAAUGAAAGUAAUGUUGCAUUUAACACUUUGACAGUGUUUUGAAAACUGUUAAUAUACAUCAAGUGUUCCUUACUCUAUUGAGCGCAAAGUUGACAUGAAUCUACCUCGUUCAUGUUAAGUGAGAUUG